AUGAGGCACGGCCAGCAGACUUUCUCCUUGGCCUUAUUUAGUCGGACUCAACGAGUGUCCAGGCGGCUUAUCCGAUACUCGCGUGUCAGCAGCGGCGUGAGGAGCCCGUGCGCUGUCCUGGAUGCUGGAUCUUUGCUCCGCUCGGGGCUCAUCCCUGCAACCAUCCCAGGCAGGGACCGGGGCGACCGGCGGCGCGUCGUCUCGGACCUCGCUGGCUUCCGGUCCCGGUCGCGCGACCCGCAGCCCUGCAGGUACGUGCUGGACUUCUCUCAGCCCCCCGUGGACUACGUGGCUUUCCGCAGCCGCCUGCACAGCAACCUGGUCUGCCUGGAGAACUGCCUGAUCCAGGACCGUGCGCUGUCGGGGACAGUGAAGGUCAAAAACAUCGAGUACGAGAAGAAAGUGCUGGUGCGCGUCACCUUUGAUGGCUGGAGGAGCUUCCGAGACGUCUUCUGAAGUACCUACAGCUCGGCCGACACCGACACCUUCUCCUUCGAGCUCACGCUGCCCAAGCCGUCGGGCCACCGCCGCGCCAUCGAGUUCUGCAUCUCCUUUCAGUGCGGGCAGGCGACGCACUGGGACAACAACCACGGCAGGAACUACCGCGUGUGCGCGGCAGGCGCCGCCUCCGCCGUCUCCCCGGCCUCGCGCGCCGCCGGCCUCGUCCUUUCCCACCGGCAGCACUUGGGGGGGCCCUAUUGGUAG